AUGCAGACGUCUUUAUUGUCAUUGAUAAGAAAUUUGAAAUUAAACCAUAUUAGUCGGCGGGAGAAAUUGCUACUAGGCAUAUUUACAAUAUGGCUUGUUAUCUUUUAUAUUAAUGAAACUAUUGUACCAUAUGGUACAGCGCUGAAGUGUAAAUGGCCUUCAUUAACGACAGAAAAGAGCUCUACAUCUGAAAAACAAUCAAAUAUAUUGCUCAUAGCAGACCCCCAGCUAAUUGAUAAUCACACAUACCCAGGCCGUAAUGAAUUGUUACUCAAGUUAUCUCAGCAUACAGUCGACCAAUAUCUCAAAAGAAAUUAUCAAGCCUUGCAAUAUCAGUUGCAACCUUCUCACAUCGUUUUCCUUGGUGAUCUACUAGAUAAUGGAAGAGCCUCCACUGACGAAUAUUUCAAUCGUGAAGUUGCAAGAUUCAAAUCAAUUUUCCCCUUUGGCAAUAACGUAUUUACUAAUCUACCAGGAAAUCACGAUAUUGGAUUUGGCGAUUUGAUAAGAGUAGCUGUACGUGAUCGAUUUUCCAGGACAUUCGGUGAACCCAACACGUUAUUGAAUAUCAAUGGAGUCGAUAUUAUCAUGUUGGAUACCACGAGUUUAUCAUCGACAAAAGAUGUAAUUAGAACUUCUGCCCAAAAUUUCGUUUUGCAAUUACCUCAAAAAACAAGUCCAAGAGUUCUUUUCUCUCAUGUUCCGUUGUUUCGAGAUAUCAACUUAUCAUGUGGUCCACAUCGUGAAUCGCUGCAUUUCAACGUUUUGGGACAUGGUUAUCAGUAUCAAAACUCUCUUGUCCCGGAUAUAUCCAAACAACUUUUGGACACGAUUGAGCCCGAUUUGAUCUUUUCGGGUGAUGACCACGAUUACUGCGACAUUGAACACGAGGGGGGUGUUCGAGAAAUAACAGUCAAGUCAAUGUCAAUGGCAAUGGGGAUAAAGUACCCCGCAGUACAAUUAUUGAGCUUUAUUUCAAAUGGAGAGAAGAUGCAAUACAAAACGGAAAUUUGUUAUUUGCAAACACCCUAUAUCAAUGUUGUGGUGUAUAUUAUCCUCGCUAUAAUCUCAAUAGCAAUUAUACUAGUGCAGAAUAUGAGACUGAAGUUGAAUAUGAGGAAAGGACAAUAUUCAAUCUUACCGUUGAACAAUUAUCAAGGGAAUACAGUUUACAAAAGAAGACUAAUAGUGGAUUGCUUUAAGGAGUGCCUUGUUGCUGGUAUCGGGGUUCUUUGUAUUUACAGGUUUUUAAUUGUAAAGUAG